AUGUGUCAAGUGGAGAAAUGAGAAAAUAGACAACAUUAAAAAUUUUUAAAGGGCGUUAUAAAAACUUGCUUUUUGCAGUUUGUGCAGAACAAAUAAAAAUUGUAGAAUAUUUUAGUAGUGAUAUGCUGAAAAAUUGAUAAAGUGCGUUGAGCAGCAAGGAAACAAAGGCAACAUGGCUUUUAACUACAACAACUUGGAAAAUAUGUGUAAGAUUUGCCCUUUUUCAAUAAUGCCGCUGCGGCUGCUGCAGCUAUGAAUCCGCAGAGCAACUUCAUUAACCAUUUGGCAGCUGCAGCAAUGAUUAAUACAACAACACAUACAGCUACAGUGCCGCAGCGAAAUACUACCACCACAACCACAAGUAAAUUCAAUGCAAAAAACAAUGUAAGACGUACUCCCGAACCGCCACCGGCACCAAUAUUAAGCUCACCCAGCCCAUCAACAGUGGCUAGACCGGUAAAACCUAAUCAGGGGACGGCCCCUAUGGAUUUAGAAAACGAUGAUAAUGAAAUACCAUCUCCAAAUUCUGUACCAUUAGCCGAAAGCAGCAACAACAUGGCAGCAGAUAAAGCUGCUUCGUUAAAUUUAGCCAAUGGAAGUGUGUAUUUGAAUAGUUUAUUGACGGGGCAAAUUCCUGGUAUGAAUCCAGCAUUUAUGUUCUUUCCGGGGGGUACAGGAGGAAACCAAACAACAGCAAAUAACCUUUUAGAGUCUACUACCAUGAUGGCAGUAAUGCAACAAAUGCAACAAUUUAGCGGUUAUGGUAAUGGGGCUCUGGCAGAUCCCAAUGCUGCAACCAUGGGAGAUGCCACUAAAAUGGGAGCUACUGUGGCAAGUGCAGAAGCUUCCCCUGCCACCCCAGCCAAGGAAAUUAUCAAAACCAACAGCUGCAUACUAUUUCCGCCUAAUCCCAGUGCGCCUCCACCCACAAUACGCGAUAGACCUCCUGGCUGUCGCACAGUUUUUGUUGGUGGCCUGCCCGAACAGAUAACGGAGGAAAUUUUACGAGAAAUAUUUGAAAGCUGUGGAGAAAUAUCCACUUUACGCAUGUCCAAAAAGAAUUUUUGCCAUAUACGUUUUCGCAAUGAGGAGUCCAUUGAUCGUGCCAUUUAUUUGAGCGGUUAUCGUCUGCGUCUAAAUACAGCUACCAGUGAACAGUCUACCACCUUUGCACGCCUCCAUGUUGAUUAUGCACAGGCCAGAGAUGAUCAAUAUGAUUAUCAAUGCAAACAGAGACAAUUGCAGCGCGAACAAAGACAUCGUGAACGCAUGUCAGUGGAUCGUGUGCGUUCCCAUUCCCAAUCUCCGCCACCCAUACCGCAUUACAGUGAUCAUGAGGCCUCGUUGGUAGCGGAAAGUUUACGAAACAAUGAAACCUUUAUUAAGGCGGUACAGACUAUGACCAUAUGGCUGGAGCGUGGAGAUUGCAGCAAACGCAAUGCCAAUGUCUUUUAUUCCAUGAUACAAAGUACGCAUGCCCAUGUAAGACGUUUGACAGCCGACAAACAGGUUUUGGAGGAGGAUUUGCGUAAGGCGAAUAAUGCCUUCCGCAAACAAAUGCAAGCAAUGUCAGCUCAAUUCACUCAGAUUGAAAAAGUGUUCAAUGCUGCUUUGAAAAAAAAAGUUUGGGAUCACUUCACCAAGGCCCAAAGAAAAAACAUCGAUCAAUGGAAGAAAUUGGCCACGGAAUUGCGCUCAAUACAAAUCGAUGAUGAUGAAAUGGAAAUGUCCGAUGAGGAUCGUGAUUAUCAGCCAACGUCUACAGCCAAGCGGCGACGUUAUGACAGUGAUAAUCUAAAGGAAGAAAAUGAUUCGUUACGCUGUCAACUGGAAGCCAUGCGCAAUGAAAUGAGCCUCGAACGUACAGAUCUCAAGUGUAACAGUGAUUUUCGUGAAAAGCAAAUGAAAGUUCUGCAGGAGACCAUACGCAAUAUGCAGACGCAGCUUUUACAAACCAAACUGCGCGAGCAGAAAGAUGCCAAGCAUAUUGAUAUGUUGGAAAAACGCCUCAAAGAGGCGGGCGUCAAGCAGCUGCUAUUAAAGACAAAGAUACGAGAAACCAAUGAGAAGUUAAGGGAUCGAGAAAUGCAUGCUCCGGAAUCGAUGGGAGAAAUAAAGCGUCAAGAUAACUCUGAAGUUAUCGAUAUCGAUGUGGACAAGAAUGAAGGUGACGAGGAUGAAGAAGAUGAUGUUAAAAUACUGGAAGACUCAAAAGAUAUGGAAGAACCUAAAACAAAAUUUUGUGAGGAGCCAAUAAUAACUGCGAAGGAAAUUGUAAGCCAAGGAAAGCAGCCAGAAGAACCAACUCAAGUCACAGAAUCCAAGUCUUCAUCUAUACCCUUGGAUGAUGCCAAAAUUAUUGCUUUAACCACUGCUUUCUUGCUUAUACAACCUUUGGGCACUUCCACUCAAGCCAUAUGUUUGUACAUCAAACAGGUCACCAAUCACAAUGAGCUGCAGGAAAGUUAUUUGAACAACAUACUCUUCAAAUAUGACGGACUUUUCAAAACCGAUACUUUAGAAAAGGAAUCUUUGGAUGCGAAUUCGUUGAGUUUAAAAUGGAGAUUUUGUGGCUUAGUCCAACAAGAGACAGAGGCCAAAACGGAAGAGAUUACUUAAUAAAAUGUAAAAAAUUUUACUAAACACAAAACUCGCAACAAGAAUUACUCAUAAUGUUUUAUAAAACAACCAAACCCCAGAACUCAAACACUUUUAAAGAAACAAUCAUUUAGUGAGACCAUUUUUUAAGGAAUCUUUCAAAUUUAAAUUUCUCAAUAUAAAUAGAGUAUUUAUUGACUACCCAUUUGGAUAAAUAAUAUAAAAUAUU